AUGCCGGUCACCAAAGAUGGGCGCGUUCGCCGGACAUUGAAGGCUUGCGUCAUCUGCCACAAGAAGAAGGUGCGCUGUGAUAUUGACGAUAUUCCUGGCGAUGUAUGUACGCCAUGCGCAAGAGAUGGAUACGAGUGUGUUCCGAGAGAGAGAAAGCGGAAACGCUUUACCUUCUCGCCAUCGCCGCCUGACCAGCGUCGCCCCAAAUCGAAGAGUCUGGAUGCUACGAAAUCGGACGAUACGAACGGUGCAGCUCCUCCGAAAAUGCUUAACGAAGGGUCAUUCUCUAGUAUGAGCAAUGACUUUGUAAGGGUCGCGAGAUCCGAAGAUGGUGUCGAACGUUCUGGUGGCACCAGCUUUACAGGCGGUUCUCCGCUGGUCGCACAGCAUAAGGAACCCAGUUACCUAACACCAAUUCAAAACAGCCACAAAGAUAUACAAGAUCCAAAACACGGGGUAUCCUCUAAUAAUGUUAGCUACCUUGGCCGUCUGGAGUACUUGCGCAAUGAUGUGCCUGUGAACGACGAUGCGGGAUUGCCCAACAAAAUGCCCCGCAAGAUGUCUGAUACCGACCUCACCAUCCUGAAAAUCCAACGUAUCGAGGAACUACCACCAGAAGCAAUACGCGACUCCUUGAUGGAGGCCUUCUGGACUCGCUGCUAUCCUUGGACACCGGUAGUGGAACGCGAAUGGGUAAGCAACAGUCGAAGCUCACUACUGUUGCAACAUGCCAUCCUACUCGCAGGCAGUCGAGUCAGUCCAUCGCACAAAAAUUAUCCGCCCAACGAGUUCUACAAGAAGGCAAAGGUGCUUUUCUGGAUGGGGGCUGAACAGGAUCCUAUCAUCACCAUUGCAGCCACGCUGCUUUUGCACUGGUGGAAUCCCGAAGGCCCAGAAAGCGUAUCAAUCGAUACUAGCUCCUUCUGGUUACGUAUCUGUACCGGCCUGGCUUAUCAGGUCGGGUUGCAUCGAGAACCCACAGGCAAACCGAACGCCGGUCUCCGAAAGAGGAUAUGGUGGUCGCUGGUUGUGCGAGACUGUCUGAUCAACGCGGGACAUGGUAGGCCGAGGGCGAUCGAUCUGAAGCUCGCAGACGUAUCGCCCAUCUCUACCUUGGACUUUGAUGGUUCGCUUUCGCAGAGUAGCCUUUUCUCUUCAUAUGUCGGCAUAUCAUGCAUACUGGGCGACUUAACGCAGAGCUACCUCCGCAAGCACGGCCUGCAGGAACACAAGAAAUCCCUCGAGGACCGCCUCUUCAGAUGGCUCAAAACACUCCCAGACCAUCUGCAGCUCUGCCACUCCACAGAGGGCCGGCCACUCCGAGACUACAACCCCGAAGCAUGGCAGCUCCACAUCCAGUACUUCACUGUCGUCGUAAUCCUCAACCGCUCGCCCGACGGCAACCCCUCCAUCGCCUCCCUCCUCGCCUCCUCCUUCAUCGCCGGCAUCUUCGCCGACCUCAUAGCCCGCGAUCAACUCCAGUACCUCGGGCCCAUAUUCACCUUCUACUGCCUUACUGCGGGGAUGGCCCAGCUCUCCUGCUACCGCUACACAUCCCUCCUCCGCAUCGCCGAGGACAACCUCGCCAUCCUGACGCGCGCCCUCGAAGACCUUGGCAAGCGAUGGCCUACCGCCGUCGGCAGCCUAAAGCACCUCAUGGACGUGCGCGAGAAGGUGAUGCAGCGCCCGUCGCUCGGCGCGUCUCCGGAUGUCAACCUCCCCGCUACGACCGCGCAAUUCUUCUCGGACUUUGGGCCAGAGUUGUGCAGCAUGUGGGCACCGGUGCAUCAGCGGCUGCCUCAGAACACGAAUAUCGCGCCGAGGGAGCUCGAGACGGCAGGAAUACUGCAGGGACUACGCACACCGACUGCGCAGAGCAUCGACUUGGAUAUUGCGAUGCAGCAACAGAUGCUGCAUAGCCAGACUGCGACGGGGGCGACGCUGGAACCGACUAUGUUGCAACCGCAAGAGUGGUUUGGGCCGUAUGGGGGGAUGGCGAAUUGGUUGAUGGUGGAUUGGGAUCAGGGACUUGGGUGGUGA